AUAUUUCCUUUUCCUCCAAAAUGGCGGUAUCCAUGAAGAAGGCAGCGCACGAUAUUCAAACACGGAGAAGAACUGAUGAUGUUUUACUGUCUGAAGGGAUUGAUUUUGCUUCUUUGCUUCUUUCACAGUCAGUGCAAGAUGGACUCAUUGCUUCUGGCUUCCAGAAACCUUCUCCAAUUCAGCUGAAAGCCAUCCCGCUGGGAAGAUGUGGCCUCGAUCUUAUUAUCCAAGCCAAGUCUGGCACGGGGAAGACCUGCGUUUUUGCCACUAUCGCUCUGGACUCGUUGAUCAUAGAGAAUAUGACAACACAGGUUCUGGUCCUGGCACCCACCAGAGAGAUAGCGGUCCAGAUCCACUCUGUCGUCAUGGCAAUUGGCAGUGCGAUGGAAGGCUUGGAGUGUCACGUGUUCAUCGGGGGUACCCCUGUGAGCCAGGACAAAAUGCGCCUGAAGAAGUGUCAUGUUGCUGUUGGAUCUCCAGGACGCAUCAAGCAGCUGAUUGAGCUGGGCUUCCUGUCGACAGCCGGCAUCCGCCUGUUUGUGUUGGACGAGGCUGACAAGCUCCUGGAGGAGGGCAGCUUCCAGGACCAAAUCAACUGGAUCUACUCCUCCUUGCCCGUGAACAAGCAGAUGCUCGCCCUCUCCGCCACCUACCCCGAGCCCAUGGCCCAGCACCUGACGCGCUACAUGAGGGACCCCACUUUCGUCAGGCUGAACCCCACUGAUCCUGGCCUGAUAGGCCUGAAGCAGUACUACAGAGUGGUCAAGUCCCACCCGCUGCCCCACAAGAUCUUUGAGGAGAAGGUCCAGCAGCUUUUUGAGCUCUUCAGCAAGGUUCCCUUCAACCAGGCGCUGGUCUUCUCUAAUCUGCACAGCCGGGCCCAGCACCUGGCCGGAGUCCUCACCGCCCGGGGCCUGCCUGCUGCCUGCAUAUCCGGUGGUUUGAGUCAGGACCAGCGCCUGGAAGCCAUGUCCAAACUGAAGCAGUACCAGUGCAGGGUGCUCAUCUCUACUGACCUGACCUCCAGAGGAAUCGACGCAGACAAGGUCAAUCUGAAUGAGUGGGAACCCUGGAGCGGUUGUGUGGGUCCCUGUGUCCCUUUGUUCACACAGCCUGUUCUUUUUGUUCCAGGCACUCACGGGAUAGCAGUAACCUACUGUUGCCAUGGGGAGGAGGAGAACAAAAUGAUGGCCAUAGCUCAGAAGUGCAGCCUGAGCCUGUACCCUUUGCCAGAUCCCGUCCCUCCGGAGCUGAUGGAGGAGUCGUCCGACUGGGGCGUCACCGUCGAGAACCUCAAGGCUGAGCCUACUUUCGAGGUCUCCCCGAGGCCGGACAAGAAGAGGAGGCCGAAAACCGCUUCUGAGCCGAAGGCGUCCUGGGCCGAAAACGCGGGAACGCCAGAGAACGUUCCAGAAAGGUCGGCCUCCAAGAGGCCCAUGAACAGCUCCCACGUGGGGCCGGGGGCAAACGAGGGGACGGAGAGGAGGCCCAAAAAAGCCGCCCCCGUUCCAAGAGCCACGCCUGUCCCAGAAGCCCCUCGGGACCAGACUCGGAGGGAGCUUCAGGAGGCCCUGCCGAAAAUCCCUCCCCUGCCCUCCUUUAAGCCCAGAGCUUCCGUGGUCGCGUCCUUCGAGGACCUGGUGACGAAUUACGAGAGGUUCAUGACCGAGGGCCCGGGGCGGUCGGUGGAGAUAAUCCGUCAGUUCACUGGCCCUAGGGGAGAUGACCAGCUGUGCGUGCUGGAGAGCAGGGAAAUCGUCCAAUCGCAGGACGGCUGUCCCGCAGGGAGGCAUUCCAGCUCCGUCCCGUCUAGGUCACGGUCCCAAAUCAUCGCCCCGUCUAGGUCACGGUCCCAAAACCCCGCCCCCUCUAGGUCACGGUCCCAAAGCCCCGCCCCCUCUAGGUCACGGUCCCAAAGCCCCUCCCCCUCCAGGUCACGGUCCCAAAGCCCCGCCCCCUCUAGGUCACGGUCCCAAAGCCCCUCCCCCUCCAGGUCACGGUCCCAAAGUUCCGCCCCGUCAGAUGCAUAUGCCAGCUCAGACACGGCUGCAGGCAGUGGUGGGGUGGGAGACCCGAAGGUGCCUGGCCGCGCAGACAAGACCCGACGCAUCGAGCACAGAGAGAGGAGCCCGAGCCAGACCAGCAGCUCCUCGGUACCCGGCCCGACCGAGCAGCCCUCAGCGGGACAGGCCACCAGAUGCGCUCAGAUCCUCCCCAAACCUACCCCUCAGCCCCCGCCCCAGCCUCACGCUCGCCCCAAACACCGACCAUCUCCUCAGGCUCAGAAGGCCUCGCAGGCCGUGAAGAGGCUGAGAGGCAGCAGCGCCGCCCCUGUGGAGCCGCGGGGCGGGGCAGCCGAGCACAGAGCGCCGCGUGAGUCCGGCGGGGGCGGGGGCGGGGGCGGAGCUGGAGCUGGAGCUGGGGCCGGAGCCGGGGCCGCGGCCGAGCGGGGCCACGGGGAGUACUGGCAGGCCUGCCGCCGAGCCUGGGACCUUUACCUCGCCGCCAUGCCCCAGGCCUGCCACCAGGGGCACCACAGCGCCUACAGCUGGAUGGCCGCUUACCGCAUGAACGCCGUUUACAUGGAGGAGCUGCUCCGGCGCUGACCGCGCGUCUGCCCCAGGGGCGUGCCGUCCGAGGGCUGGGGUACGCGGAGCUGCGAGGCAGGGGCUCACCUGCCACUCCUCCCCUCUCCCGGGGCCUUCCAGAAGAUUGGCUGUUUGUGAUGAGCCGUUACAGACAGGAAGAUGAGAAACGGGACUGAGAGUCGCUGGCGGUCUCAUCUGUCAGCUUAACUGGUGCUUCAGCGAGUCAUACCCGCUGGGAGACUGCUUUAGGCUCUGCUUUUGAAAAAUUCCCCGUGUUUAAUUUCAUUGAUUGAUAUCUGUCAAGCUGAAUAACUGAUUAAAAGUUUUGGUGAAAAAGUUCAGCGGAGAAGAUAAACUUGGACUUUUAAAGUAACGCUGCAGCAGCACCUCCAAAUGUCGUUAAAAGUGAUUGGACGCCCUUGAAUACAUGUGUCGUAGCAGUGAUGGAGGAGUGUGGCGUAGAAUGAGUAGAAUGGUGGUGGCGCACUUUGAUUAACUGUAAUCUCCUGGAGGACUUAAGUUAAUAAAAUCUGAUGAUAACAGUC